AUGGAGGUGAAGAAGAGUGGUCUUGUUGUUGUGAAAAACAUGAAGAUUAUUGGUCUUCAUUGUUCCAGUGCAGACUUGCAUGCUGGCCAGAUUGCGCUCAUUAAACAUGGAUCAAGACUUAAAAACUGUGAUCUGUAUUUUUCCAGAAAGCCAUGUUCAACUUGUUUAAAAAUGAUUGUAAACGCUGGAGUGAACAGAAUUUCUUACUGGCCUGCUGAUCCUGAAAUCAGCUUGCAGAAUGAGGCAUCUAAUCCCAUGACUACUGAUGAUGCAAAGCUAGAUGCCAAAGCAGUGGAAAGAUUGAAGUCAAAUAGUCGUGCUCGUGUGUGUGUCUUGCUUCAGCCCUUGGUGUGCUAUAUGGUGCAGUUUGUUGAAGAAACUUCCACCAAGCUCGAUUUCAUUCAAAAAAUAGCGAAAUCUCAGCCUGGCUUUAAUACUGACUUUUAUACUCAGUGUAGACAAGAGAAAAUAAAAGAGUAUGAAAGUUUAUUCCUAAUUUCAAAUGAAGAAAUGCACAAGCAAAUAUUGAUGACAAUAGGACUGGAGAAUCUCUGUGAAAAUCCAUACUUCAGCAACCUUAGACAAAAUAUGAAAGAUCUCGUCGUGGUCUUGGCCACAGUAGCUGCCAGUGUCCCUGUCUUUGGAUGCUUUGGGUUUUACUGCUGUGAAUCACAGCCAGCAAAUGAAACGUACCAUCAGGGUUUGCCCCAAGAAAUUGCGAGGCACUGUAUGAUACAAGCCAGACUACUUGCCUAUCGGACAGAGGAUCAUAAAACAGGAGUUGGAGCUAUUAUUUGGGCGGAAGGAAAAUCUAGAAGCUGUGAUGGAACAGGAGCAAUGUAUUUUGUAGGCUGUGGUUACAAUGCCUUCCCUGUUGGAUCUGAGUAUGCUGAUUUUCCACACAUGGAUGAUAAACAAAAAGACCGGGAAAUCAGAAAGUUCAGAUACAUUAUACAUGCUGAGCAGAAUGCCUUGACGUUCAGGUGUCAAGAAAUAAAGCCAGAGGAGAGAAGCAUGAUAUUUGUGACCAAAUGUCCCUGUGAUGAAUGUGUACCUUUAAUCAAAGGGGCUGGUAUCAAGCAGAUUUAUGCAGGAGAUGUUGAUUCUGGAAAAAAGAAAGCGGACAUAUCAUACAUGAAGUUUGAUGAACUUGAGGGCGUAAGCAAAUUUACAUGGCAACUAAAUCCAUUUCACACUAAUGUCCUUGAAUUCCAUGAUCCCACAGCCAAAGAAAAUGGUGUCCAGAAAACAAAAUCACUAGAUGACCAGCAGCACCAAAACAAGAAGCUGUGUCUUGGCCACUAUUGAAUAAUUAAGCACUUCUGCAAUCUCGCUCUGUACUUUUAUAAUGCAGCCUGUUUGCACUUUCAAAUAAGAGUUGUAUUUAUUGUUUGGAAAGCUAUUUUUAGAAUAAGUUUAUUUAUGAUGUCUUAAAUGUUUUAUAGAAUUUUUAAUUUUGAAGUUCCUGGGCAAAAAUGCUGCCCGUGUCCUCUGUGGAAGGAAUUGGGUGGCUAAUCAUUGUUAACGUAUUAAAAAAAAACAAUCUGUUCACUGCCAGUAGGUCAGGAUUAUAGUAAAAUGGGGUCUGUUUGGUGUGGUACAGGGACUGAGGAAUGGAUUUCUAAACUCUGGGCUGGCAGAGUAAGUCCUUGUUCUUCAAGUACAGUGCUCAAGGGAGUCUCUUAGGAAACAGUAGCUAGGUAGUCACUAGUAACUAUUUCUAGUUCCUGAAUGUGGCUUUCACUUCUCAGUCUGCUUGUAUAAUGGAGACAAACCCGUUGGGAUGGAAACGGCUGCUAGAUUACUCAUUUGUGGGUCAAGCUCCUGUCUCAUACGUGCUUCUUCCACCUACAGAUAGCAGCAGAGCUCUUCUAUUCUGUGACACUUGCAUUGCUGCUACGUGCUUUAUGUGCUUCCUCAAGUGCAUCCCAUCUGAAUUAAUCUAGAGAGAAAUUAGCUUUACUUUUCUCAGAUUCUGGACUCGGGCCUAAAAAGAGUUUGGCUGUAUGCAUCUUGCUGGCCCCUGUAUGCUAUGUGAAAGAACGCUUGGUGCUUAGUUUCCUUUCAGCUUCGUUAACAGGCUUCUAGGACUACAGAAGCUAAUAAAGUGUCAGAUGUCCUGCUGUAUCUUAAAUAGGGUGAUACGUACCACUAGGGUAGCCCUUACCUUUUCAGAUGCCAGUGUUUUGAGUAACUACAUGUGGAGCCUGGAUGGAGUGUUUAAAAAAGGCACUGAAACUGCAAGCUCAUGUUGUUGGUGCUAGGUUUGAGGGGGGAUGCUGAGGUAGGUACCAGGUAACUAGACCACAAGGCAGUGUCUCAUCUUGAGAGGUCAGUCCCUGCUACCAUCUGUUUGCUGCUCUGAAUAUGACCUCUAGGUGUUUGUUUUAGCAGAGGCUCCAAGACUUUGUUUGCUCUCCUGCAGAGCUCUUAAACGCAAACACCUUAAACCUUUUUUGGUGCUGCUGGUAGGGAAUGUAAAUGGCCUCUUCCCAACUGUUUUGUGUAUCUUGUUCUUUUUCUGUCACCCUCCCCAAAGCCCUGGAGGGGGAAUUGGGUUCCGGGUUGCUCGGUAGUUUCUGUUGGUUCCUCUUAACGCUUUGGAAACACCUGGAACUAGAUAGCAAAGCUGUGGUUAGACAGUGUGUAAAGCAGCUUUAAUGUGGCAUUAAUUACAUGAAGUCUGUUCUUACCCAGUUUAGCAACUGGUCAUGCAAUUUAAGAUACAGUCCUUGAUGCUUAUAACUGCAUCAAGGAACUUUGAUUCCUCAUGGCUCAUAGUAUAAGUUUGUUCUUAUGUACCUGGACAUCAGAGCUAGGGAAUGCUUAUAUGCUCUUACUGCCAUGCUGUCCACAUGAGAACUCACCCUCCCUAACCCCUCCUAAGAGCUGGAGAAGCUGCUGUUUCUCUCAGCCUCCUUCAGCUGAAGACUGUUCCAGGCUGCAAGAUAAAUGUGGUGCAUGCGGUGUUAGCAGCAGAAAUCUCAUCAGGCAACUGGCUGACCUGCAACACUGCUGUCUUGCUAAGAGGGUGGCAUACAGCUUCAUUUCACAGGAGCACAUAGCGUGAGCAGAGGGGAAAAAUACAACCUUCCAAGGGAAGGAUGGUGAAAUCUGCUCUGUGGCACACCUCAGAACGCUGCUUUUGCACAGUGGCUCAUAAAGGAAUAACUGAACUGCCACUGCACGAGGUCUUGUGAUCUAGAGCAGAGGAAGCAACGUCCUGAACUUGCAGGCGGAUCUGCAGCAGCAAGAGCUCUGCGCCUCACCUGCUGGGUUCAGAGCCCGGCGCAGAUCCAGGUGUGUAGGCCUGGGGGUUAUUGUUCUAGCUGCUGUGCAAACCUCAGAAAUCAUUUUUUUCCCCCUCAUCAAGGACUGCAUCGUUUUCUUGUAGCUUCCAUACCAGGUUAAAGUCAUAUAUUGUUUCUACAAAGUGUUUCAUAAGCAAGAUUUUCUUAAUAAUCUGUUUUUAAAUUAUGCAUAACUUAUUAUGGCAUAUUUUCCCCCCACUACUUUUAAGCGUCUUAUGUUGGAAUAACUACUCUUGACUUUUUUUACAGAUAGAAGAAACACUGUCCAGGUUAGCCUAAAAAGUCCAAAAAACUGUCCGAAGCCUACUUGUUUCUGUAAUUUGUAGGCAACAUUUUUAUACUUGAGGUAAAAGCAGGGGAGAAAAGAGGUGCAAGUUUAAGGCCCAUUCAGGUUUGGUAAUCGGUCAGCUGGUGUCAAAAUAGGUGAAGUCUGUGUCUUUAUAGGAACAGUUGAAAUUGAAAAGUGCCUAUAAAGUUAAAGACGGCCUGGGUACAUGGAAAGGUAAAGCGAAAUACACAGCAAAUAUGACACACGCUAAAUAAAUACCCUGGCAGUUCUUUUUAAAUAAAACUUUGUCUUGAAUAUCUGUAUGAAUGUUGCUGAUAGCCUGUACUUCGUGAAGAGUUAUUUUAACAUUUAAGCCUUUACUUUUUAUUGUUUUUUAAAAAGCAUGUAUUGUACAGGUUUUCCACUGAAAUUUGGAAUUGCGUCUAAGGCUGAAGGUCUGGAAGUCUUUUUCUGUCAUGCCAUGUUUCUGCAGGUUCAUCCAGAGGCUCAUGAAUUUCCGUAGGCUCUGAUUGUCAGUGUAACUCGGCUUCUUUGCUGCUUGCUGGGAUUACUGAGCAAGUGCUUUAUCUUGGCCCAUAGGAACAAUGUGAACAGGAUUUCUCUCUCAGCUCGCAGACCAUGUAGGUGCUGCUGUGUACACCAUCUUCGUGCCCAGGAGAGCCACGGAAGAUGGGGAUCUCCUGCCGUGGUUGUUUUGCGAGUGUACUCUGAGAUGUAUGUUUCUUAUGUAAAAAGAGAAAUGUAUUUACAACUAAGAAAUGUAAAGGUUAUUUAUUUUAAAUAUAUAUGUCUGUAUAACAUUCCUGUAGGCAUUCUGGGUCUCUUCCAUUCAUGCCAGAACAGUUAUUUUAAUUGCAGGUAUUAACUACCAGUAAUUAUUUGGCCUCAUGACUGCAAAUUACAGAAGUUCUGUUAAUCGUCUGCCUUACAGCAAAACAUGUUUUCUGCUAAUAAAUUAAU